CUUCCGGUUCUUUUUAUAGGCACUGAGGAACCUGAGUGAGGGCCUGCAGUUCUUCCGCCCAUUUGGGGAGAGAUUAAAGAAGCUGAGGUCGUCUCCUUCUUACUCAUUUGCAGUUACAACCUUGCAACCUCCAGCCUCAGCUCCCAGAGUGGACACGGAGAAGGGCAUCAGAAAACCAUUCUCGUGAGGUCCACUUAGAAGUCACCAUGUAUGAGGACUGCAUUGAGUCCACUGGAGACUACUAUCUCCUCUGUGACACUGAGGGAGCCUGGGGCAUUGUUCUGGAGUCCCUGGCUGCAAUUGGCAUAGUGGUUACAAUUUUGCUCCUCUUGGCAUUUCUCUUCCUCAUGCGAAAGGUCCAGGACUGCAGCCAGUGGAAUGUCCUCCCCACCCAGUUCCUCUUCCUCCUGGGGGUGCUGGGGCUCUUUGGACUCGCUUUUGCCUUCAUCAUCCAGUUCAAUCAACAAACUGCCCCUGUGCGCUACUUUCUCUUUGGGGUUCUCUUUGCUCUCUGUUUCUCAUGCCUCCUGGCUCAUGCCUCCAACCUAGUGAAGCUGGUCCGGGGUGGUGUCUCUUUCUCUUGGACAACAAUUCUGUGCAUUGCUAUUGGUGUCAGCCUGUUGCAGACGAUUAUUGCCAUUGAGUAUGUGACACUCAUCAUGACCAGAGGUAUGAUGUUUGUGCACAUGACACCCUACCAGCUGAACGUGGACUUUGUUGUACUCCUGGUCUACGUCCUCCUCCUGAUGGCCCUCACGUUCUUCGUCUCCAAAGCCACCCUCUGUGGCCCGUGUGAGAACUGGAAGCAGCAUGGAAGGCUCAUCUUCGCCACUGUGCUCAUCUCCAUCAUUAUCUGGGUGGUGUGGAUCUCCAUGCUCAUGAGAGGCAACCCACAUCUCCAGCGACAGCCGCAGUGGGAUGAUGCGGUCGUGUGCAUUGCCCUGGUCACCAACGCUUGGGUUUUCCUGCUGGUGUACAUCAUCCCUGAGCUCUGCAUUCUCUACAGAUCUUGUAAGCAGGAUUGCCCUUUGCAAAGCAAUGCCUGCCCCGUGCCAGUCUACCAACGCACCUUCCGAGCAGAGAACCAGGAGCUCUCAAGAGCCCGAGACAGUGAUGGAGCUGAGGAGGAUGUAGCAUUAACUUCAUAUGGUACUCCCAUUCAGCUGCAGACUGUUGAUCCUGCACAAGAGUAUUGCAUCCCUCGGGUGACAGUAAGCUCCCAGCAAGAUGCAGAAUCCUAAAAUCUACAGGAAACAUGAAUAGUCAAGACCCAGAAGACAAGCCUGGUAAAGGGGGCCCCAACAGGCCUCCGGGAAGCUCCCAGAGUCAGGCUGCGCAGGAAGCCUCGGCUCAGCCUGUCUGCUCUGUUUGCUGGCCUUGUCCAUCCAUCUGGAUCUGUAAUGGAAGACUGCCCAUUCGAGCAUAAUUACAAUCUUGCUGGCCACCCUC